UUUUAAAAAACGAUUGCAACUAAGUCUCAUGUUCUUCUCUGUGUGCUGCAGUUUACAUGCUGGGAUGCGUACUGGUUAAAUUUCAUCAGAACAGCACAGUUACUCAAUGUGUUCCGUUUUGACAGUUUUUAAAAGGCAUUUUACAGACUCGUUUUGAAUAUUACAAGCUUCCUGCUCGACGCAGCUCUAAGUAAUAAGCCCCCCAAAACUGACUGGCAGACGGGCAGGAAGAAGACGUCUAGUGAAUGUCACUAACUGCCGAGAAGACAGUAAAUGUUUUGUGUUAGGGAUUGAAUUUUUGGCUGGAUUGACACCUAUCGACAAGCGGUCUUAGACUUUCUUAGCAUCCGUUUAUCUGACCGGCAAUGGCUGAGGAGACUCGAGAGGACUUGGCGACUCUCAGCGAGCUGGAUGAGAAACGUUUGCUGGAAGCUCUUAGCACCAGAUUUACGCAAAACCACAUCUAUACAUACAUUGGCGACAUUCUGAUUGCUGUUAAUCCUUUUAAAUAUCUUCCUCUAUAUGAAAAAACAGUAUCUGACCUAUAUAAAUGCCAUGAGAAAUCUUUGCUGCCCCCUCAUAUAUUCUCUGUUGCUGAUCGAGCAUAUCAGUCUAUGUUGGGAAAGCUAGCAACAGGACCAAGAAAUCAAUGUAUUGUUAUAAGUGGAGAAAGUGGAGCAGGAAAGACUGAAAGCACUAAACUGCUUCUAAGGCAGAUCAUGGAAUUGUGCAAAGCAAACUCGCAGCUUGAGCGGCAGAUACUGCAGGUGAAUCCAUUACUGGAAGCUUUUGGCAAUGCACAGACUGUAAUGAAUGAUAACAGCAGUAGAUUUGGCAAAUACAUUCAGUUACGAUUUCAAAAUGCUUCAGUAAAAGGUGCAAAAAUCAAUGAAUAUCUCCUUGAGAAAUCUCGUGUUGUACAUCAAGAUGAAGGAGAAAGAAAUUUUCACAUUUUCUAUUACAUGCUGGGUGGCAUAUCAGCAGCUGAAAAGGAGAUAUAUGGUCUUCUCAAUCCUGUUUUAUAUAGGUACAUUAAUAAUCAGUAUGGAACUGAUGAGAUGAUCACACAGUGGAGUACAAAAUACCUUGAAGUGUGCAAUGCCAUGGAUAUGGUUGGCUUCCAUGAACAGGAGAAAGUGGAUAUGAUGACAAUUCUUGCAGGAAUUCUGUCCCUUGGAAACAUUGGUUUUGAACCACAGGAGAAUGCAAUCUUGAAAGUUACAGAUCAGUCUACUGGCUGGCUUAAAGCUGCUGCUGGACAGUUUGGUGUCCAAGAAGAUGAGCUUCUGAACUGUUUGAUUUGCACCAUGUCUGUAACUCGAGGAGAAUCUAUUAACCGUUAUCACAGUCAGCAACAAGCAGAAGAUGCAAGAGACUCAAUUGCCAAGGUUGCAUAUGGCAGAGUUUUCGGCUGGAUUGUUAGCAAAAUUAAUGAACUUUUGACACCCAAGGAGACCUUUGAUGACUUACAUGAAAUAGGAAUUUUAGAUAUUUUUGGAUUUGAGAACUUUGCUGUCAACAGGUAUGAGCAGCUGUGUAUAAACCUUGCCAAUGAACAACUACAGUAUUUCUUUAAUCAUCAUAUCUUUUUAAUGGGACAAAGAGAAUACAAAGAAGAAGGCAUUGAUUGGGAGACAAUAACAUUCAAGGACAAUAAACCCAUCCUGGAUUUGUUUUUAGCCAAACCUGUUGGAAUUUUCUCACUACUUGAUGAACAAAGUGCAUUUCCUCAGGCAACUGAUAAAAACUUUGUUGAAAAACUCAACAGCAGCUUUAAAGGCAAUGCACACUUUGAAGUGGUUAGGAGCCACAUGCCAAUGUUUAGCAUUGUGCAUUAUGCAGGAAGGGUUCAGUACAAUGCAAGUGGUUUUCUGGAAAAGAAUCGGGACACAAUCCCUGCCAAUAUUAGAGGGCUGUUCAUCAACAGUGUGACUCCAUUACUUAGUGUCCUAUUUGCAGCCACUAUAUCCAGAACAGGCACAUUAAUGCCACAAAGCAGAGCAAAGCUUUUGAAAAGUAUUGAUGACAACUUUAAUUCAACAAGGAAGCUAUCUGUGGGAGCCCAAUUCAAGCAUUCUUUGACAGUGUUAAUGGAAAAAAUGUUUGCAGCCAAUCCACAUUUUAUUCGUUGCAUAAAACCCAACUCAAGCAAGAAACCUGACCUGCUGGACAGUAAGCUGAUAAUGGAGCAAUUAAGGUAUAAUGGAUUGCUGGAAACCAUCCGGAUUCGUAGGGAUGGAUAUUCAUGGAGACCUUUAUUUGAGGAUUUCGCUCAAAGGUACAGAAUUCUUCUCAUUAAGCCCGAUGUUCCCUCAAACAAAGAAACAUGCUUAUGCAUUUUAAAUAAUGCCAAUCUCAAAGACUGGAAGUGUGGACAUUCACGUCUGUUCUUUAAAUACUGGCAUCAGGAAGAACUGGCAAAAUUAAUUGAAAGACUUGAACAUGCUGCUACUGUUAUUCAAAAAAAUUAUCUGAAAUAUAUUUGUAGAAGGAAAUAUAGAAAACUUAUUGCUGAAUUAAAACAGAAAAAACUGCAGUUAGAAAAAGAAGAAGAAGAGAGAAGACUUAAAGAAAGAGAGGAGGAAGAAGAGAGAAAAAGACAUCUAGAUAUGGAGCAAGAAAAUCAAAGGCCUCCUGUUCCUAUGCCAAGAAAACUGAAAUCCGCUCCGCAGCCACGGCCACGCUCUGUUAUCCCUGAUAUUGUACAUCGUCAUCUUCCCCCAGUUCCCAGGCCAAGAAGUAAAAUAGAGGUAGCUUCACUUGUAAAGGUUGCUGACACAAUAAAUGAUGACUUGCCACAAGCUGACAGCAUUCAUGAAGAUGAGGAGGUCAUACAACGACAGGUUAAACGGAUGAACACACUUCACUGGUUCAGGCAAACUCAGGCUAGAAAAGUAGUAACAAAUGGUGCCUUUCCAUGUUGGUUUCAUGGGAUGAUUUCACGAAGGCAAGCUGAGGACUUAAUGACUGAUAAACCUCCAGGCUGUUUCCUGAUUCGUGUGGGGCAGAGUAGAAAUGGCUACACGCUUACAUACAGGGGUAAAGAUCGAUGUCGACACUACCUCAUUGAAAUGCAGUCUAAUGGGAAAUAUGUCAUCCUUGGCGAGGACCGAGCCCAUGCUUCUCUAAUUGACCUCAUUGAAUAUCACAAGACAGUUGGAAUUCAGCCUUUCAUGGAGGUGCUUGUGGAUCCAUGUGGUCAGAAAUGCAAACAGCAGCCAGACUAUGAGGAGCUACAGAAUAUAAUUAAAACAUCAUCGAUCCAUGAGGAGAAUGUUGAUGCUUUGGAAGGCAACGAACAGUUGCAUCAUGAGCAUAUCGAACAUCCUUCCCCUCUGGGUUCCAGCAACAUGAAAGACCCUCAUGUGCCGCCAGUAAUGAAAAGAAUAUUUGAACGGAACGCUCGUGCAGAGGCAAAAAAUAUUCCCAAAAAAUGGACACAGGAUGAAAGCAACAUUUAUAACAAAAAUAGUAGCCGUCCUUUUCCUCGACUUUACCCGUCUAUACGCCUGGCUAUGAGGGAAAUCCAGCAAAUUCAGCAGCAUUUUAGUGAUCGUACAAAUGACUCUGAGGCGAAGAACUCCUGAUAUUAGGCUAUUUCUGCUAGUUAAGAGUUUAAAGGAAAUGUGUUCAGAACAAUCUGGAUUGAUUGAAUUAUUUAUGUUGUUAUCCAAAAUGGAUAUGGUGAGAAUAAGUAAUGUGUAAGAUUUUAAGUGAUUGUGGGAUUUUUAGGCUUAUGAACUUGGUAAUCUUAUUUAGCAGUUGUACAGAACUGUUGUGGCAUAAAUGCAUUAUUUGUAAUUUUAAUGUAUAUUUUAAAAAUAUAAAAUAAAGGACAUUUU